CUGGGCCAGUGACGCUGGCGCAGCCGCCGCCGCCGCCGCGUUCCGUCCUCGGAAGCCCGACCGCGGCCCGCGUCCUCCUCCUCCUCCUCCCUCAGCAGCCCGACCGGCAGCGCGAGGCCGACCGGGAGCGCGGGCGGGCGGGCGCGCGCAGCGGCGGAGCGGAUCCGGCGGCGCGGGAGCUGCUAGCGCCCCCUUCCCGGAGGUCUCGGCGCCGCUCUCCCCCCCGGUGACACUACCCCUGGCUGACCUUAGGAUUCCUCUGGAUUUUAAAGUCAUUCUUAAAAAAAAAAAAAGAAAAAAAAGAAAUAAAAUAAAUAAAUAAAAACCUCGGACGGAUAAAAGAUGUGCCAUGGCAGGAUAGCACCAAAGAGCAGCUCAGCGUUUGUUGUGACCUCCGUGGGGCAUGGAAUGUUCCUUCAACUGGUGAUCCUUAGCACCCUGCUGGGAGAUGGAUUAGCCUUCGGAGAUGGAUUAGCCUCUGUGUGCCCUCUGCCCCCAGAGCCAGAGAAUGGUGGCUACAUUUGCCACCCCAGACCCUGCAAAGACCCCCUGACAGCAGGCAGUGUCAUCGAGUACCUAUGUGCAGAAGGCUACAUGUUGAAGGGCGACUACAAAUACCUGACCUGCAAGAAUGGCGAGUGGAAACCAGCCAUGGAGGUUAGCUGUCAUCUCAAUGAAGACAAAGAAACCCACACAUCACUCGGGGUUCCUGCACUGUCCAUAGUGGCUUCCACUGCCAGCUCUGUGGCACUCAUUCUUCUCCUCGUGGUGCUGUUUGUACUGCUGCAGCCAAAGCUGAAGUCUUUCCAUCAUAGCAGGCGUGACCAGGGGGUCUCUGGGGACCAAGUCUCCAUCAUGGUGGAUGGGGUCCAAGUUGCACUGCCUUCAUAUGAGGAAGCUGUAUAUGGCAGUUCUGGUCACUGCAUGCCACCAGCUGACCCUAGAGUACAGAUUGUUCUGUCAGAAGGGUCUGCACCUAGUGGGAGGAGCAUGCCAAGGGAGCAGCAGCUGCAGGACCAAGGGGCCUGCUCCUCUGCAGGUGGAGAGGAUGAGGCUCCAGGCCAUUCCGGGCUGUGUGAAGCCUGGGGUUCCCAGAGCUCAGAGACUGUGAUGGUGCACCAGGCAACCACAUCUUCCUGGGUGGCCGGCUCUGGGAGCAGCCGGCUAAUACACAAAGACACUGCAGAUUCAGAGAACAGUGACAUACAAAGCCUUUUAUCCCUCACAUCAGAAGAGUAUACAGACGAUAUACCCCUGUUGAAAGAAGCAUGAGGGCUGCCACUGGCCUCUCUCCUCUCUGCCCAUCCUCUCUCUUCCUGUGGGUUUGAGUACCAUGUCCUCUCCAGCUGCCCCACCUGGAUGCCUGAGCUGUGUAUCUGUGUGUACCUGAGGGCCAGCAGGCCACCUGGCUGGAUACUCAAGGAAGAUUCUCACCAUUUGCCCACUGGACAGCUGGAGGACCUGGCUCUUUGCCUGGCCCAGCCUUCCCGUCUGUCAGGGACAUGUCUGAAUGUGCUGGAUUGAACCCUCCCUUUCCCUGAGCCUCUGGGUCCCUUCCAGACAGCUCUCUGGUGGCAGCCCCACAGCAUGAGGGCCUGAGCACUGCUGUGUUUACUUGUGCCUUCCCCACACUGUCAGGUUCCUUGUUGUGCAGGUGGGUUGCUGUCCACAGGCCUUAGUGGCUAUUGCCACCUGUACAUGGGGCUGGGCCUGAGGCUCCAGAAACAGAUUGAAGAGUAAGGCCCUCAAAGCAGGAGUGGCUCUUGUUGGGUCCAGAAUGUGGGUCCCUGAGCUUACUCUGUGUGUUAACACUGAUGGCAUCUUCCUUGACUGGGAAUAGAAGGUUUGGAAGUCAUGCCAAAGCCGCCCAGCACUUAGCUGUCCAGCUCUGGUGCACAUUCCUGGCUCUGCUGAGAGUUUCCAAGAAGCACCCAGAAGAUCUGUGGGAGGGAAGAAAGAUGUCAGAUAAUGAUUGUCUUCCUAAUAUGCAAGUUCUCACUUCCGGCUCCCAGCACUGGCUUCCUUGGCCUUAGUUUCUGUUCCUGGAUAAGGGGAAGUUGCAUGCUGUCUCCUGGACUUCGUCCUAGGUAGCUCUGGCUUCCGUGCAGCCCACAGAACCCUGAGAUUUGCUGAGAUGCCAACGAAAGCUCAUCUGGGUUUUGGCAGUCUGGGCAAGGUACCCAUUUUUAGGUUUGUGGUGAUGGAGGGGAGGCUGAGAGGUACAGACCAAGUCCCCGGUUGCUGCAGGCAGCUCCGGCCAGGUCCUGAGGAUCCUCCUCACCACAGUCAUGUGCCUUAGUAACUAUGCCCAGGAAGUGGCCUGCUGUGCCGCUGCUUCUCCUACUCUGGUCUCUUCUCCAUGCCCUUCCACAUGUUGCUGACGAGCUACUCUUUAUCAUCCCUGCCAGCUGAUGUGGAUUGAAGGGAACCGAGAAACUUGAGAGGUAGGCCUUGGGAAUGGAAAAGUGCUGGCACUGAAGGAGUGUUAGAGCUGUUUGCUGGGCCCCACUAUGGCCCUGCACUGAAUGCUGACAAGCCUGGGUAGCUGAGCCCCACCAGGCUUCUAUCAUCUUGAGAAGACAGAUGUGGCAUUAAGGAAUGUGUGCUUUUUUUUUUUUUUUUCCUUUUUCCUUGCUUUGCCUCAAGCCUCAAGCCUGGGAAACUUCAGACAGAGCCAAUCCUAGACUGAACCUGUGAUGAGCCUCUGUGGGGUGGUAAAAAUAAUAAAAGCCCAGUGUAUUUAUAGUUCAUGACCCAAGACGGUUAGCUCCAGGCAUCAGUGUCCUCAAAAAUUGAGGAAUAACUUCUAGCUCACUGCCCACUGCCUCCACUCACAAUGCACUUUAGUCCCUGUCAUGCCUGGUUUCCUGCCACCCCCAUCUCCUUUCCUCUCAGGGUAAGGGCAGUGCUUGCUGUCCCUGCUGGCCAUUCCCACACUAAACCAGAAGGCUAGUCUGUUGUGCUCAACGUCCAGACAAGUAUGGUUGGCUGAGGAAUGGGCUAGAAGACUGAAGCCUGAUGGAGACAGUACACACCUUGCAGUCACUGUCACAGACUCUCCUGGGGAGUGGGUUCCAAGGCCCUAAGCUACUUCACCAUGGCUCUCUUUCACCCUCAGUAGUGCCCAGUCUCUUCAAGGGAGAACUGGGCAAGGAGCAGGAGUCUUCUGAAUGAGCCUUCCUUUCUUGCUUACUGCUUUUCUAAAAUCUGAAUUCUGUUCUAGAAGUUUCAAAAUGGAACAUCCUUCCCUUUUCUGUGUCUGUACUCUGGGUUUUUGCCCUUUUCAGAUUGCACUUUUUGUUUUGGGUUUAUUUAGCCUUGUGGGCAACUGGCUUGAGCCUUGGGUAAAAGAACCUCCUGGGGCCUCCUUCCCUCUUACCAUCCAUAGCCCUCUCUGGGGAUCACAGCCCAGAGAGUAAAAGGGCCAUGUUCCCCAUCCUCCUAUCACUGGCUUUGAGGUCUGUUCUUGAGGUUUCCCACGUACUGCCGCUGGCACCUGUGACUUCUUCCUGCAUUCCUCUCUUUCUUCUAAAGCAAUUUCUUAACCAUCAGCCAUGUGCUGUGAUUUCUGAGGCAUCUGGACUUUGUCCAUUACAGAGGGACUGGGGGACUUAAUCGCCUUGAAGUGGAGCCUGGCUAGAAACAGGGUCAGUGGCAGGUGGCAGGCUCUUGGGCAGGAAGAAGCUUUGAGCAAGUGGGAAGAAGAUACACAACCUACUUUCCUGGGCUCACCUCCAGGGGCAUCCUGAGACUUGUCCAAAAGAGGCAGUCAGCACCAAAGGACUUUCACACAGGGUUUUUUGGUUUGGGAGAUGUUUUUGCUUUUUCAUACUUCUGCUAAUUCAAUGCAGGUUUUAUAUCCUGGUGACUUGCUGUCACAGUCUAUCAAUUUUCAAGGGCCAGAAUAGUGAAAUACAUAAAUAAAUAGAAAAUUCCGUCCCUCCAUGCCUUAGUUUAACAGGUAAGCUCUAUCUGUCCAGUUCUGUAUUUUGUGUGUGUUUCACUGUGUGAGAACUGUGAAAUGGAUGGAGUCUUGACCACUUUGUGGGUUUGUUUGGUUUUAUAAGGCAUUUCAAUGUACAUUCUACAAGCACUCCAUUUGCAAAGAGAAUUUAACGUAAUAUUGUCUUCCCCAUUCAUCUUGCCCUCCUUCCCCCACCCCCAGCUUUACAGUUCUGUAGAGAAGCCAGGCUGCAAGACAAAGGUAUAUUUUUCCUGCUUUGUGAAUGGCCAAAUGGGGAUAGAUAGCAGUUGGCCUUUUCCUCCCAGUCUCACCAGAGCUCUUGAACCACUUGGCUUCCUACAUAACAACGUCUCCUCUGUUCCUGAGGAACAUUCUAGCAUAGAAAAUGGAAUAUGCUGCAAACAUUUCUAGAUCCUUGCUCCCUUCCCUCUCCUUAAAGAGCAAGGGGUGAGGGGAGCUAGAAGGGACACACAGCAUGUCUACUACACAGCUUAAUUCCAGGUAUGCUUGCACCUGACAGUAUGGCUGGAGCCUCCUCUUGUGGGGCCUGCUGGAUCUUCUGCAGUCUUAGAGAAUAUUUUUCUUGGCAGAUGUUUAGGCUGAAUGAUGUGGUAGCUGGUGCCCUGGAAAGCCAAAGGUGGCAGGGCCAGUUUUUCUGAGAUGUGACUUAAUUCCCAGUUGAAAACCUAGUAGAGUUUUGAACAAAGCCCGACCUACUCACCCAACCCUCUCCUAAUAGCAAAGUUCUUGGAUUGCCAAGUAGGGAGAGGAAAUGGUUGAGGGCUGCAUGGCUGUAUCCACACUGGCCUGGCUUCCUAAGGCUGCACACCACUAUGGGAUCCUUUGCAGAAUGGUACUCAAAAAUGGUUUAAAACAACACAUGCAUAAUUGACUGUGCAGGAUGUCAAUCAAUCUGGGUUUGCUUUAUUUUAUUUUAUAUAUAUAUUUUUUGGUAUCCUGUACAUUGCAGUGGGUAUGAAGAUAGUAUUUUAAUAUUUGUACAAAGUUUAAUUUAAUUUUAAUUGUUCUAUGUAUAUAAUUGCAUUUCUAAAUAAUAAAAAAUCUUAUGAAGGCA